AUGGGACCAAAGUUAGAUGAACUGAAGGCAGAAUUAGCAUUCUGUCCGCGUUGGAGUUUUGAAAAGCGCAAGUGGUUGGGGCUGCUACUUCUUCAAGCCAUGGGAGUCUAUUGUUUGCAUCACAAUUCAAGGAUACCCUUUCAAAGUGCAAUAAGGGUAUUCGACGAUGAAGCCAUGAGGUCGUAUCCAUGGGGUCGGACUGCAUACGAAUUUCUAAUUGACUCUAUUAAAACGUUGGCUCCAGAUGGAGGUUCAUACACAAUAAGCGGCAUGAAGGACGCGUUAUUGAUUUGGGCUUAUGAAUCCGUCACAUGCUUCGUUGAGAGUUUUGGGAGAGUGAUCAUUAACGAAGACGUUCUGCUUUUGCGAUGGGGUGGAAAGCGUACACGUGCAAGCUUUGAUAAAUUGUUGUCUUCCGAAAUCGAAAAGCAUGGCGAGGUGCGUGUGAGGAGAAUGGUUUUGAAGGACUCAAUUGAAGAGAUGAAGAGAUGUUUCCUAUUUGGCCGGGGGAAUGCAAAGGGGAAGGGGAAGGGGAAUGAGAAGAAGAGAAUGAAGGGUGGAGUUUCGUCAGAAGCUGAGCCACCCACUAAGAAGCAGAAGAAAGUUGACUCACGGUUGGAAGCUUACGAGUUAGACCGGAACAGACCAUUGAUGGACCAAAAGACCAUUGAUGACAGGGUGAAUGCUUUACUGGAGGAGCGUCUGAAAGAUCUGGGGAUUGGGAAAAUUCUCGAAAACCAUGAUAACCCCUCUCCACCAUUAUCAAACCCCUCUCCACCAUUAUCAAACCCCUCUCCACCAUUAUCGAAGGCAUCACCGGUGGUUCGAACGCAUCAGGAGUCUGUCAAUAGUCCAGCGUUAGUAGCUGCGACUCCUCGACAGAAAAAGAAUUUGGCCAAGGAGCUUGAAAAGGAACCAGGGGUGAAAAGGGCUUUGGAUGAGGAGUUUGGUGGUGUCGAUAAAGAUAAUGAUCUUGAUUUCCUAUUAAUUUCUCCUGCAAAGGCUACUAAGGAUGAUAAGUCUACUAAGGAUGAUAAGGCUGCUAAGGAUCCAGCCUAUGGACGUGGCUGCAGGCGCACGCGUAUUGUUAAGGGUGAGGAAGCCGAUGAGAAGAAAAAAGCAGCACAGGCAGAUGCUGCGUUUAAGAAGAAGGAGAAGGCUGAGGCUAAGAAAAAGGCUGCUGAGAAUAAGAAAAAAGAGGCUGAAGCUAAGAAAAAAGAGGCUGAAGCUAAGAAAAAAGAGGCUGCAGCUAAGAAAAAAGUGGUUGAGGCUAAGAAAAAAGAAGCUGAGUUAAAGAAGAAACAAGAGGCUAAGCUAAAGAAGCAAAACCAGGCUGGGUCAAAGUACAAAAAGGACGAUUUCGCGCCGGAGUCUGAUGUCGAGAAUUCUGAAUUGGUUAGAUCUGCCAUAAUUAAGGAAUUCCGGGAGAAAUAUGUUUGGUUAUCUCCAAAAGGGUUGUCAACGACGGCAGUUUCUUCAUCAUUUGAUUUUCCGACGGUAGGACAUGAUGGAACAACGUGGAUGAGGAAGAAUGUUACUCCUUCAUCAGCAAUAUAUGACCCUCUAGCACCUGUUGAUCCUGCGCUAUUGGAGAAGCUUAUGCAAUACAUCAAGGCAAUUCCACCCAAACCACCAGCACCACCAGGUACAAAAGAAGUACUAACAGCUGAUUAUGAGAGUGACUUCUACAGCAUACUCAUUCAUGAGAGACCAUGGCCGGACUAUGAGUAUGGAUGGGUGUUUGAUAGUCAUAUCGUGGCGUAUAUGAACGUCCUCAUUAAAAGGUCCAUGCGAGAGCCCACUCCAUUCUGGUCCAAGCGGAUUGCCUUCGUUGACCUUUGGUGGCAAAGUUUUUUGCUUCACGAUUACAAUCAGUUCAAGAUGGGACCCACAUUGUUCUUGUUCAGCGGCAAUGGUUAUGAACAUAUGGUAAAUGGUAGGAUUCCCGAUCAUUCUCAAACAAACCUGAGGUGGUAUGAAGAUGUGGAUCACUUGUACGGAUGUCUUCAAACCGGCGGAAAUCACUGGGUUGCGUAUCACGUGGAUCUGAAGAAGGAGAAGAUUGAUUGCUACGAUCCAAUCUUUGGAGAGGUAACACCCGAAAGUGAGCAGAGAAUUCUGAAUUCAUUUAAACCGCUGACGCACAUGAUUCCCACGUUGUUGAGUGUACAUAUUCCUGCCAGUAUCAGACCUAUUAGCAGGAAGAAGUUCUCAUUCAGAAGGAGGAGCAAAAGAUACACUCCACAAAACACCCAGAUUGGCGAUUGUGGGGUGUAUUCGUUGAAGUUUGUGGAGUGUCUAGUGCUUGGUGUAACGUUUGAUGGGAUAAACGAUCAAACUAUUCAAGGUUUACGGGUGAAGAUGGCAGCAGAUAUCCUCGCGGAAGGAGGAAAUAUUCUGACGUUAGGGCGUACUUAA